AUGUCUCAGGAUCUUGUCAGUGCCACCAACCAAACUGAAGACGUCGAGAUGCGUGCACGCUCGAACAACGAUGCUGGCUCCAUCAGGCCAAAUGCAGAUAACUCCGACCUGGAGCAGUUACUAAUGGACCUCGAAAACGGCAUCGUCGGUUGGGAAAGCGAUGAAGACCCCGAGUACCCUCCAAAUUUCACUCCCACUCGCAAGUGGUUCAUUACUGGCCUCCUCUCUACCCAGGCCUUCAUGACUCCCUUUGCUUCGUCCAUCAUAGCCCCCGCCAUCAGUUACAUCGCAAAAGACUUUGGAAUACCGGAUAUUACAAAGAGUGCCAUGCCCGUGAGUAUUUUUCUCCUUGGGUAUGCCGUCGGGCCUUUGUUUCUAUCCCCUCUUUCCGAAAUUUACGGGCGCAGGAUCAUUAUGAUGGUCUCGACCCUCGCAUUUUGCCUUUUCCUCGUCGGCUGCGCACUAUCUCCUUCAAUCGAACUACUCAUAUUCUUCCGCUUCAUGUGUGGAGUAGGAGGGUCAGCCUCGCAGACAGUUGGAGGAGCCGUUAUCGCCGACUUGUUCCCUGUUGCCGAGCGCGGGAACGCCAUGACUGUCUGGAUUCUGGGCCCGAUUCUUGGGCCUUCGCUGGCGCCGCUCACAGGAGGUUUCAUUGCCGAGACGAUAGGUUGGCGUUGGGCCAACUGGAUAACUCUUAUUCCCACCUCGGUGCUUCUUGUGGUCAUGGUGUUUGUUUAUCCUGAAACUCGCCACGAGGUGCUUAUCCAACACAAGACUGCGAAAUUAGCCAAGACCCUUGACCGACCAGACCUGUGUAGCUGUUACGCAGAGGCAGGAGAAAAGGCUGCUAAAAGAAGCAGUAUCAUCCUGUCUGGCCUCAUCCGACCGCUUAAAUUACUCUUCAGCUCGACAAUCAUCUUGGGGAUGUCCCUCUAUGUGGCAUUUGUCUACGGAUGUCUCUAUCUGCUGUUCAAUACUAUUCCCAUGGUCUUUCGCGGCAGCUAUAACUGGUCAGCCGGCAUCUCUGGCGUUGUCUACCUGGCUCUCCUCUUCGGAUACCUCGUCGGCCUGUGGGCAUUUUCCCUUCUUUCCGACAAGACAGUUCGGCACAUGACCGAAGCAAAUGGAGGCAUUUAUGAGGCCGAAAUGCGGCUUCCUUUUUGUAUCUACUUUGCAGCACUUCUUCCCAUCUCGUUCUUCUGGUACGGCUGGAGCAGUGAUCAGGCCGUGCACUGGGCUGUGCCAAUCUUGGGACUUGUUCUCUUUGGUAUAGGGUUCGAGGGCAUUUGGCUGCCUACCCAGAUCUAUAUCGUCGAUGCAUACUCUCGAUAUGCCGCAAGUGCUCUUGCUGCCUCCUCGGUGAUGAGGAGCAUAAUUGCGGCAUUCCUCCCUUUGGCUGGGCCCGCAAUGUAUGAGCGGUUAGGGGUUGGCUGGGGGAACUCGGUUCUCGGCUUUAUUUCUUUGGCCAUGGUUCCUAUUCCGGCCUUGAUAUACAAAUUUGGGGGGAGGAUAAGAAAGAAGGAGAGUUUCAGACUUUGA